GACAAGGUACAACAGCUGAAAGCAUCCUCAGCUGACCAGGCCGCCAAACGAACAACAGAAUUGUUCUCUCUCAUCAGUCUAUUUCACCAAUAGAAAAGGACAACAAAGAGAGAGAAUAAGGACACACACACAUAUAUAUACACACACACAUAUUCUCACUCUGUUCUAAGUUUCUAACCAUCUUGUAUUCAAAUCGCUCCUUCAACAGGCAUAGGAUCUACUCAAUUUAUUGAGUUUAUCGCCUUUUAGUGGAGUUCAUACGCGUUUUAGUUGUGGCAGGUCGACGGGUAUUCGUUUUGCAUUCAAAAUGGGUUUUGUGGUGGUUUUGUUGAAAAGAGAGGAAAAGAGGAUGUUCGGAUUUAUAAGGCAAAGGGCGGCAUGCAGAGGCAAUCAUGCUUCGAGUUUGGAGCGAGGGAUUCGAGCGACUGCAUUGAGGACCUUUUCUUCAUCUGGGAAGGAGAUGACAGUGCGUGAUGCUUUAAAUUCAGCACUUGACGAAGAAAUGUCUGCUGAUCCCAAAGUCUUUCUAAUGGGUGAAGAGGUUGGUGAGUACCAGGGUGCGUAUAAGAUCUCCAGAGGGCUUUUGAAGAAAUAUGGCCCUGAGCGGGUUCGUGAUACACCUAUUACCGAGGCUGGAUUUACCGGUAUUGGAGUUGGUGCAGCAUAUUAUGGUCUAAAGCCUGUAAUAGAGUUUAUGACCUUUAACUUCUCAAUGCAGGCCAUUGAUCACAUUAUUAAUUCGGCUGCAAAAUCAAAUUACAUGUCUGCCGGUCAGAUAUCAGUGCCUAUUGUUUUCAGAGGCCCAAAUGGUGCUGCUGCUGGCGUAGGUGCUCAACAUUCGCAGUGCUUUGCGGCAUGGUACGGUUCAUGUCCAGGAUUAAAGGUAUUGGUUCCAUAUUCUUCAGAAGAUGCACGAGGCCUGCUCAAAGCUGCUAUAAGGGAUCCAGAUCCUGUCGUGUUCCUUGAAAAUGAAUUGUUAUAUGGAGAAUCAUUUCCUGUCUCGGCUGAGGCUCUUGAUUCCAGUUUCUGUCUUCCUAUUGGGAAAGCUAAGAUAGAACGUGAAGGAAAUGAUGUAACAAUCACUGCUUUCUCGAAGAUGGUUGGCUAUGCUCUAAAGGCUGCUGAGAUUCUUGCAAAGGAAGGGAUUAGUGCUGAGGUGAUAAAUCUUCGCUCCAUCCGCCCUCUUGAUACAUCUACAAUAAAUGCUUCUGUUAGAAAAACAAAUAGGCUUGUGACAGUCGAAGAAGGAGUUCCUCAACAUGGCGUUGGUGCCGAGAUCUGCGCUACUGUUGUUGAGGAAAGCUUUUAUUAUCUUGAUGCACCUAUCGAGAGGAUUGCUGGGGCUGAUGUUCCCAUGCCCUAUGCUGCAAAUCUUGAGAGAAUAGCUGUCCCACAGGUCGAUGACAUUGUUCGUGCAGCGAAGAGGAUUUGUUACAGGUCACAUUAAGUUAACGAGGAAUAGAAGGCUUCUGUUAUUCCCAUAUUCUUUUGUCCGUAUGAUUCUUUACCCAGGGAGAAGUUUGAAUGAUUCCCAGGACAUCAGGGUUGACAAGUCUAGUCUUUCUGGCAACAUAAACGUUGACCUUUCACAGGAAAUAAGGUUCCGAGAUUUUACUAUUUUUGGCAAUUUUUGAGAAUGUUAACUUGUAACACAAUCGGAUUAAAGAGGGAGAGACAUGGAAGGAAGAAGCAUAGAGCAUUUGAGUUGUUUACUUUUGCCUGUUUUGUCAACUUUUAUUGGCCAUUUCGUUUCUCUUGAGUGCAUAUUUUUGCUAUA